AUGUGGAUGGUUCGUCCAGGAUUUCAAGCAAACAAUACCACGGAGUACGCCAUUAUUCAUAUUGACACUAGUAUCUAUCGUGCUGUCUAUCUUAUUCCUGUGUAUGGCACGGACUUUCUGUCUCGGGAACUCAAAUUUUAUCAUUCCUAUGAUGCGUUUCAAGCCUACUAUGGCAAUAACUAUGCUGACCAUUAUGCCUUCGAGAUUGCAUUUUGA